CCUCUCCCUCAUCGCUGCAGCCAACAGAACCUUCAUGCACGCCAGAGUCACCAGCAGUUUGAAGUAUUUUUUGCGACACACGGCAGCAGGCAAGAAGAGGGGAUCAGGAGCUCUUUUCUCGCGAGCUCGCAGAAUUCAACGGGGCGCGCGGGCCAUUCCGGCCCUCUCCCUCAUCGCUGCAGCCUAUAUAGCCUUCAUGCCCGCCAGAGACACCAGCGAUUUGAAGUAGGAUUUUUGCGACACACGGCAGUAGCCCAAAAGGGGGUUUCAAGAGAAGCUGCGACACACGGCUGCAGGCCAAAGGGGGGCAGGGAGAAUCCCUCGGAUGGAGUUAGUGACGAAUCGCGCGUCAAACACAAUAUAUCCAUCAGAUUUGAUUAUUUGCCGAAGGAGCAUCAUCAUGGCGAUGGCGUCAUCUGAGAGGAGCGUAAGGUGGUGAAGAUGCGUUAGAAGCAGCCGAUCUGAGUGGGUGUUGGUGACUCGCUGCCUGUAGGUAUUCACCAUUGUUGAGGCGAAGCGCAAGGAGGCACUCACACAGAGCCUUCCGGAAGAGGUGAAAUCGCGAAACAACAGACAGUGGCAUGCAGCGUGACGUUGCCUUUCGAUUCAUUUCCCUUUCAGUUCCGGCGGGCUUUGUCAGUGGCGGACUCUGAGGAAGAGGCCACAGCUGAGGAUCUGCAAACAAUUGCAGAGGCGGUGGAGCGCAAUGCGUUCGAUGUGGACACGCGAGAUCCGGUGAGGGAAGGCACGCAGACCUUACCCAUCCAGCCCAUGGGUGUGCUUGUGGGUGCAUAUGAAUCAGAGCGGUUCGACUCUGCUGGCGUUGGCCUCGUCGCGCGGCAAGGUGGACAUCGCCACGAUGCUUAUCGGCAAGGGGGCAGAUGUGGCAGCCACGGACAAGGUUAGCCAUUCACUGUAGGCUGUAGGGCAGGCAGGCAGGCCAAUCCUUCUCUGUUUUCGGUUAGCUGGGGUUCACGCCCCUGCACGUGGCGGCGGCAAACGGGCAGAGGGAUGUGGUGAAAGAGCUCAUCGACGCAGGGGCAGAGGUAAGCGAGAGGGGACGCGUGCAAUGGCACGGACAUGUUGGCUGCGCUGUUCCCACGCCAAGCAGGUCAGCCAGGAAAACAACUGGGGGGCGCAGCCUCUCCAUUUGGCGGCAUCGUCCGGCACUCCGGAGGUACGUGAAGGCACAAAGGAGGCAGCGAUGGAUGGAUGUCGUCAUUUGCUGGGCUGCACAGGUGUGUGACUUGCUGCUUAGCACGGGUGGUAGUGUGUCAGCAACCGAUCUGGUAAGGCAAGCCGGCAGAGAGCGCACGCCCCUAGAACAAAGGCUGCGUUUCAUAUCUCGUGUGUUCAUGUAUCGUGCGUGCAGAGCGGCCGCACCCCCCUGCUCCAAGCGUGUCAGACGGGCAACUACGACACCGUCGCCUUGCUGGGCCCCAAGGACAUGUCAGCCGUCAACAAGCCCGACUGCGACCAGUACGUCACGCCCCUCCAUGCGGCAGCCACGCACGGCCAUCUGCCCACUGUGGAGCUGCUGCUUCGCCUCGGUGCCGACCCGACAGCGAGAGAUGUCAAGGGCCAGACACCGCUGCACUCUGUGGCUGCGGCGGGAAACAGGAGAGACAAGAAGCGGGUAUUGGUUGCCCGUGCGCUGUGCGAGGCCGGAGCGGACAUGGAGGCUACCGACGAUGUGAGAAUGGCCGUGAGAUGGAUGGCAUGUCCGAGCGAUAUGUAUGUAUGUCGUGUGUGGUGUGUUGUUGCUCGUUCAGGAGGGCCGCACUGCUGUCGAUUUGGCGAAGAGCGUCAGGCACACGGCAUUUAUCGCCUACGCAGAAAGGUACGGACGUGGUGUGGUUGAUGCAAGAAAGGAGAAUGAGUGACCCUUUCUCUGCCUAUCCUCAGAGGCGAGCUUCCAGAUGCAACCAAUGAGGCUCCCCGCCCCCCAGCAGCAGAACAAGAUAACCCUCAGAAUGGUGCAGCGACUGACAGCGUGUUAGAGAUUGCUCCAGCACCCCCUGAUGGGCUGAUCACUAAUGGCGAUGCUGCCAGUGCGAGGGGCCGGGGGACAGGGAGGGGGCGGGGAGCUGGGACACACCUGAGCUACGAGGGGGAGGAUUGAGGUGUGCGAGAGUGUGGCCUCGCCUGCUUUUUUCGGCGGUUCCUCCCGUGUGGUUCCAUGCGGUUGACGUUUGUGGUUGCAUUUUUGUCGAUACCCAGACUGACACAUGCUUUUCGUGAAUGAGUGACUGACUGACUGGUUCAGGCCAAUCUUCUUGGCGUGUCUCCCCUUGAUGCCUCCACGCAUUCACACAGCCGGUCAUUCACACCAACUACACAAUGAUGUGACCGGCCGCAAUGAUGUGCGUCGGUGUCUGCUGUGAGUUGGACAUUACGUUGCAAUAGGCGCGAUUUGUGAGCCAAAGCUGAGCGCACGGCCCUGAGUGUGCGGCAUUGUUGGGUCCCUGCAGUCAGAAGGCUUGCAUCGAUGGA